AUGGCCGAGUUCGAUCCCGUUACCCACCCACAUCGUCGAUUCAAUCCUUUGAUCAACAAAUAUGUUCUCGUUUCUCCUCACCGCAACAAACGGCCCUGGUUAGGCCAGGUUGAACCACCUCAGGCAACUAUUUUGCCCGAGUAUGAUCCCGCUUGCUACCUUUGUCCCGGAAAUACUCGGGCAGGUGGAAAGACAAACGAGAAAUACGAAACAACCACGGUUUUUGAGAACGACUUUUCCGCCGUCCUACCUCCCCCUGGUCCUGUUGCUCCUGCUGCCUCUCACCCUCUGUUGACGGCCGAUCCUAUUCAGGGUGGAUGUGAUGUUCUGUGUUUCCAUCCCAGACACGAUCUUACACUUGCUACCCUUCCUGUUCCAAUCAUUAAGAAUAUUAUCGCAGAAUGGAUUAACCUGUAUACCAAGAGGGGCAGAGAAGAUGGAAUUAAAUAUGUGCAGAUUUUUGAGAACAAAGGGGCUAUGAUGGGUUGUUCCAAUCCGCACCCGCAUUGCCAGUCUUGGUCUCUUUCGGUCGUCCCUUCUAUACCUUCUACGGAGUUAGAUUCCCUUAAGGGUUACGCGUCAUCUACCAUAGUAGACAGCGGCGCUCCGAAGGGACCACACGGCUGCCCAUGUAUGCUUUGCGAAUACGCUCAUCAUGAGGUCAAUGUUGCCGAAGACGAAGGCCGAGUUGUUGUCAAGAACGAUGACUGGGUUGCUCUAGUCCCCUGGUGGGCCUACUGGCCAUUUGAGAUAUUGUUGUUGCCAUACAAGAGACACAUAUCCUCUCUGUAUCACUUAACUGAGUCCGAGAAAGCGUCGUUCGCAGACAUAUUGUCCAGGAUCACGAAGCGUUACGACAAUCUCUUUCAAUGUUCCUUUGCGUAUUGCAUGGGUAUCCACCAAAGGCCCCUUCCUCCUUCUGAAGUAGAUGGAGAAAUAAUGGAGGAUGAAGAUGAUGUCGCGCACUUGCAUUUGCACUUUGAACCACCUUUGUUGAGGAGCGCAACUGUGAGGAAAUUCUUGGCCGGAUUUGAGUUGAUGGCCGAACCGCAACGGGAUUUGACGCCAGAACAGGCUGCACAGAGGUUGAGAGAGUGUUCUGAGAUACACUAUCUCCACCAGGAAGAGAUAUCUUAA